AUGUCGGGGAACCCCCAGAUCACGGUGCAGGACACCGGCGCGACGACUGUUCCUCUCACUCCUCGCACAAGCUGGCCCUUUUCAGCCUACCGCUUCUCUCGCGGCGGUCGUGCGAGCAGGUCAGUCACCCCUGCGCUGCCACCUACUCCAAAGACGUACAAUGAUGAGGGCGGAUACUACUCAUCGGACCCGUUCAAGGACCCGCCAGACCCGCAUGCCCAGUCGACUGGUCUGCGUCCGUUUCUUUCGCUUGGCCCGCGUCUCCUCCUUACGACGUUUUCGCCUGCCCUCCUCCCCUUUGUCUUUACCAUUGUGCACAUUGCACAGACGCGUGCUUCGACGGCUCAGCUCGCCGCCACGUUGCGAAGCAGCCUCAUGAGCGCUUGCAGCGGCCUUGCAACCGGCGCCAGCAGUCUCCAGGCACUCCCUCGCUACCUCGCCAUGCAGACCAACGACCAAGUCCUUCGCGCCACGCGUGCGAGCGUGCUCGCCGUGGGAAUCGCUCUCAUGGACUGCAUCACCAUCAUUGAGCAAGUCCUCAACUUUAUUGUUGACACAUAUCGCUCUCUCCUUUUGUGCACAGUGUACCUCGUGGUCCAGGGCACGCUGGAAAUCCUGAUCGCAGCCGUGGAGGAGAUCAGCACGGCGGUUACAAGCUCACUCAACUCCAUUCGAGAGGAAAUCCAGUCUGACAUUGCGUCCGCCAACAACCUUGUUCAAGGGGCAGUGUCAGCCAUCAACUCUGUCACGUCCCUCAUCGAUGUCAACCUGUUUGUGCCAAACAUGACCAUCCCCGCCCUCAGCUUUCUCGAGAACGUGACCAUCCCGACCGGCUUUGAGGACACGCUCAUCAAGCUCAAUACCUCGAUGCCUACUCUGGACGAGCUCAAGGACAAGAUCAACGAGCUCAUUGACACCCCCUUUGAGAUGCUCAAGAACGAGAUCAACACAACGCGUCUAGAGAUUGCCGCCAACCUCAACGACUCAGCUUUCCCCGUUCCGAGCCUCACGACCUUGGGUGCCCAAGACGCGUCCAGCCUCCAGUCUGCGCUGUGUGGGGACCUCAACACGUCCCUCAUCGACGACACGGCGUCGGCGCUGCACAAGCUCGGUACUUGGGGCAUUGUCGCCAUGGUCCUCAUCCUCCUCGGCGGUUGGGGCGUGCUCGCAUUCUGGCAAUGGCGCCGCUGGCGUGCUCUCCAAGACACUGUGGUCAUUGUCGAAACCGAGUGGGCAUCCGCUCGCCCGACGGAUGCAUGGGCCACUGUGGCCGUGGUCGAGCAUCCUUUUCUUGAGAGGUAUGCCAGGCCCGUCCUCAACAAGAUGAACGCGUCGCCACGCACACGCAACAACCUCCGCUGGCUGCUCAGUUACCUUGGCCACCCGACCAUGCUCACGCUCUUCUGCAUGGCCGUUGUUGGUCUCAUCGCCAUUGAGAUCCAGAUGGUCGCGCUUCACGCCAUCCAGCACCGCAUGCAAGAGUCGGCCAACGCAACUAUCGCGGCCACCACGGACGACCUCGUCGCCCGCCUGAAUGCUCUCAGCGCCGACGCGUCUGCGUCCUAUGCCAAGGACAUGAACGCUGCCAUAUCGACCGUCCAGGACAGCAUGAACAAUGACCUCUUUGGUAGCUGGGUCAAUACCACGGCGGUCACCCUCAACUCUACUCUCGUCACAUUCUACUCCGAGGUUGAGACUGUGCUCAACGCCUCAUUUGGUGGCACGAUCCUGUACAACCCCAUCAACACUUUUGUGUACUGCAUCCUCGGAUCCAAGAUUACAAACCUCGAGAAGGGUCUCACUUGGGUGUCGGAGCACGCGUACAUUGACCUUCCAACAAUCGACCCAAACGUCCUCCAACUGUCCAACGCGAGCAUGCUCGAACUGGUGGCACCUAUCUCGGCCGCUGCAGCCGGCACCUCCAACGACCCAAACGAGGGCGUCAUCGCUGACCUCGUCAACCACUUUCAAGCGGCUCUCGCCGCCGAGCGCACAAUCUACGCCAUCCUCCUGGCAGUGUACGCUGUCCUCGUCCUCAUUGGUUUGCUCGUUGUGGUUUGGAACUCUGGAGGACGUGAGCACUACUUUGCCUGGAGAAGCAAGGGACCCCCACCGCCUCCGGAGGGACCUUCCGGCGAAAAGGAUGGUCAGUGGCCUGGCGGCGCCGUCGUUGACUAUGCGGGCGAAAAGGCCUCUGGCGGGAGGCACACGCCUGGUCAAGACAGUGGUCUGAACGUGGCUUCGCCUCCCAGCCGGCAGGGCAGCAGUGCCGGACGGGGCAGCCUCCGUUCUCUUGCUGCUCCGGGCAACGCCUUCCUCGCCAUGAGGAGUUAUGUGUCGACCCCGCUUCCAGCACAAUCCAGGUCAUCGCCUGCGCCUGUGCCCCCUGCCCCCGCUUCACCCGAGAUCCGUGGCUCGUUUGGCCCGUUUCUUGACCCGGUGGCCCCGCCUGUCGAACAGGCCUACUGGCUCCAGCGCGUGACAGGCGGAGUGGGUGCGUAUCUGCGCGCACUCCGCCCGCAGCCAACUCCAAGCGAGAGCAGUUUUGGAGCCUCGCGCGCCGGCACUGCGCGUACACCUCACUUCGACAUCCCGUUCGCCUCGCCGGCGCCACUUACCGGCGAACCUCCUUCAACGCCGCUCGCAGGUUCGCUCGAGGCCCUUGGUGUCGCCGCGCGCUGGCGCCGUAGUGGCGGAUACUAUGCCGCCGGUACCCCGAUCCCGACAAACGACGUGCGCCGCCUAGUGGUCAUGAAUGCACACAGCCAGGACGCCAUGAGUGUCAGCGAUGUGACCAGUGUCACUGGGCGCUCCCUUCCCCCUCCUCCUCGCGCCGUCAGUGACUUUCCAACCGAUGCUGUGAGCCCCAUCUCGUCUACCAACCAUGGCCCGCCCGGCCCUCCAUCCGGGACCCAGGAGAUGAGCCGUGCCAACACCUCGGACCACUACCUGUCUGCCGACGGACACCUUGCGGUACCGUCCACGUCCCUGUCUCGCUCCGGGUCAGAAUCGGGGCCCAGCGCGUGGCGCGGGACGAGCUGCAGCAGCAGUGUCGGUCGCAGCGCCAGUCGCAGCACACACUGCAGUACCGCUAGCCACCAUCAGUCUGCCGGGACUGGGAUGGCGGCCUGGGGCAGUGAGGCAGGUGACGAGGCCGACCCUUUCGGCCGUGGAGGUGCCGAUGACGUCGAGUUGGUCGACUCUGAGCGGGGGAGCUACGCCGCCGACCUCAACGAUGGUCUCCCCAGUGGAAAAUCGGGCAUGACCUAUGCCACCACCUUUUCGCGACCGAGCCGAGCCAGCGGUACGAGCUUUGGCGGUGGGGGCAGGCUGAGCCUCAACACCACUCCGGCAUGCAGUGCACCCCCGUCCCUCGGUCCAUCGCCAGCGCGUCCUCCUGCCCCUCUUCCCAGCGAGCGUGACCGCCGCAACUCCGACCCGUUCGUCACACCGCUCCUCCGUCUUGGCUUUCCACUCUCGCCUGUCCCCCAGUCUCCGAUGGCGCUCUCGCCCACCUCGCCGCUGUCUCCGUCCCCGAGCAUCGCCACGGCAAGCGUGCAUGGCGCAAAGGUAGCCACGGCCGCGCUGGCCGGCAUCAUCUCGAACCUCCACAGUCGAAGGCAGCGCGACCUCGAGAGGCGUAUCAACCCGUUCGUCUCACCGAUGGACAACUCGGCCAGUCGUCCCCCCUCGGGCAACUUGAGCCUCUCCCAUGGGUGCACCUAG